AUGAGUCAAGAUCACGGGCAAUGCCAGGCUCUGCACCUGUCCGAUGGGAGCAAGUGCACCAAAGAGGCUACCCAUGCCGACGGUGUCUUCUGCUGGUUCCAUUCUAAGCAGGUCUAUGGGCUCUACAAGGGGUACAAACGACGCAAUGCCAGACUGGAUGAGCUGGAGAGCGAAGCCCCUCCCUACCUAAAGACAAGCAAGGUUCCUCUUGCGAAUCAGACGUUUGAGGAUGUUCAAGACCAAGAGACUCUCAGGACGGUGCAUUCCCAUCUCUUUGACAGAUAUGUCCUCACCGGACAGGUCAUCGACGCCCGCAGGCUUCACCACACCCACUUUUAUUCGCUCCAAAUCGACUAUGGGCACCAAGCAUAUCUCGACAAGCUAAGCAGCAACCGCCACAUCAUUCUUCGGUCUUUGGAAAAAUUGGAAAAGCGAACUGCUGAUGUGCUGUACCAGCAGGAGAAAUGGUUCGCUUGGGUACGCCAAGCCCAGGAAGAGGAAGAGGCAACUCGUGAUAAGGAGCAGAAGAAGAUUAAGCAGGAAGCUGCCUUGUUCAAGCGUCACCGAGACAAGCUGCAGGCUAGACUAGAGCAGGCCAGGCGAGAGGAGGAACAGAAGAGCCAGGAUGCCUAUCUUGAGGCUGCCUUCCGGGGGCGUAUGGACAUGUCAGAAGAUGAUUGGGAAAGCGAUGAGGCCUGGGACCCUAUUAAAGACACUGACCAGGACAAGCGCAACCAGUACAUUGAUCUGAUCAGGCACUUCCUCUGGAUGGAUGCUGCAGACAUUGAGGCUAGCCAAGAUCCCCCAGCCGAGCCCAAGCCACAGGUAGAAGAGGCCGCCGAGCAACAGCAGGAAGAAGACAGCCAAAAGCCCUCCAAGAAUGGUAAGAAAAAGGCAAAGGCCAAGCUGAGUGCCGCCAAACCUGGCGAUCGAGGCAGCACCGGCGACUCCUCGACAGCCGACAGGGGACAAGACAAGCUCAUGGCCAUGCAGCAGCAAAAGAAAGCAAAGAAAGCAGCCGAUGAACCGAUGCCUGAUAAGAACAAUAUUGAAACCGAGCAAGAGAUGAGAAAACGCCUGACUCGUUGGGUCGUUGGAGAAUCCCCACGAGACUUCACGCCCCAGGGUGCCGCCACUGGUGAAAUGGCCGACUCCCCAUACCUGUUCUAUACCAAAGCCAAUGCUGUGGAGGAUGAGAUUUUAUUCCCAGACGAAUUGACUUCUAACAAAAAGAAUGUGCAUUUUCGCGAAAUCAGAAACCCCGUCAGUCGCCUUGAGCACUCGGGGCUGCCUGGUCACAACAAGUACUGGGAAAAAGGAUUGACGGCGAUUCUUGCCGGGGAAGAUUUUAAAGAACCGUUUAGCAAGGAGAUGGAUACCGAUGAAGACAGUAUGUGGGCGCUUCCUGCGAUUUGGAAAAGCGGCUUGGAGAAGCUCCUACAAGGAACUCUCUCAGCAGAGCAGCGAGAAGUCCUUGAGGAAACUGGCCUUGACGCCAUCAAGGAAGGUCAAUUAAUCGCCGAUCGUCUCGACAGUGCGGAAUCGCCUGAUUGGGUUUAUUACAUCGCCGAGUUAAUGCAAUGGCUCGAAGUUGAAUCAUUCGACGAUGACUACUACGGAGAUUAUGGUUCAGAUCCGUGGUCCCACGGAUUUAUCGUUCAAGACAUGAUUCUGGCUUUUUCGACCAUGGCCAUGUUUUUCCCAGAGGUGGAUACAACGGCCCAUGUAACGGCGUUUCUCAAAUCAGACCAGUAUGAGGCGUUCAGGAACUCUGUCCUAUUUGAUCCCCGAGAACGAAGCAAGUCUCGGCCCGAUCGAAGAAGUAGAACAAGCUACAAGUACCGUGACCCGAAGUUCUGGACAGAGUGGAAGGCUGUUUUGGAGCAGGACCGCCACUUUUCGGAUAUUUACCCGUUUGACUGGAGCCUUGCCAUCCGCCCCAUCAUUGCUAAAUCAUAUCGAGCAGGAGUCAUGGUCCCCGCACAUCUGGAAAAUGACGGCCGAAUAGUCCCAGGCGUGGCCACGGCGAACACUGAGCCUCACCGCCCGGACACACUGGACCUCUUCAUCAACUAUGACGAUCCUGGAAGACUAUUUCCGAUAACGUACCCACCCCACUUCACCGGACCAGACAAAUGGCCAAAGUUACUGCCCAUUGCCGAAGAUUUCGCAGAGAAGCACCAGAAUGCUCGUUUCGCGCUUCUUCGAAUCUGGACAGCGCGGCACUUUUACCCACUCAUGCUGGGAAUGGGUAAUCGACAGGCAACCAGCUUCCGGGAUAGCGUCUCCCGGCCCUGGGAGUGGAAGUUUUUGCCCAAGGACAUGCCGGGCAGCGAGCUGAGCAUGCACAACACCACUGCCAAAGCUCUGGAAAAUGUCAAGGAGAGGCUUGAAGAUCGGAUAGCGUAUAGGGGCGAUUUGAUCCUUGUUAUGGCGGAGGAUGUGGCUGAGUUGUUGAAGAAUUGCACGGCUGCGACGUUUGCGGUGCAGACGAGGCCGUGA